AUGUUGAGUGAGGGUGAGCAGGAAUUCUCUCUGACUAGUGCACUUCAAGCGGUUUCCCAGCAGGGGGAGUCCCAAGCUGUUGAGCUAGAGGAAAAACAACAUGUUCUAAACUCAGUACAGGCCACUUUAUCAGAGAUAGUAAAGAGCUAUGAGGCUCUUGCCAAGGACAUAAAACUGAAGGAACGACAAAUCACUGGCAUCACCUGUGAGAUUGAGCAGAUUCAUAACCACAACGAGACACAAGAGACACAGUUAAAAGCCAUCUUAAUAGAAAAUAUGAGACUCAAACAUAGCAUUGAAGAACAGCUGGAGAACUCGCACUUCUUGCUAUCUGGAUACAAUACUUACCGCAAUAAAAUGGAAAGUUACAAAAUGUCUGUCGCUGAGAUGGAGAGCCAGGCACCUAUUCGUAAGGAGCUGGUGGAGAAGAUGAAGGAAGUGAAGAGACUUAAGGAUUGCAAGGAGGGACUGAAGAUUGAUUUACAGAAUCCAGAGGGAAAUGCUGUUCAGCAGGCUCAGAAGGAAAUAGAUAAUAUUAAGGCCAAGGUACUUUGCUCAAAAGAGAUGGUGAGAGAAAAAAUAGUGCUUUUGGAGAAGGAGAAAGAGACUCAUUCACAGCUGAGAAAGGAUAUAGAGAUUCACAACAGAAGAUGUGAGGCCAUUGUCAAGAGACUCUGCUGCCAGCUGAACAAAGCUCAAUCCAGCCACCAACAGCUAAGCAGUGACAUCUCACAAAUGGAGAAGGAGGUUGAACAUCUUAGGAACCAGUUACAGGUAUCUCAUCCCAUGCAGAACCAAACCACGGAUGGCUGCACAUGA